ACUGUUGUCGGACCCACCUGUCAGUCAACCUCUAGCCUGUAACCCGUUCCCCAACCUCUCGCGUUCGUGUCCAUCUUCGAAUUCGAGCUCCUCCAUCUUCCUUCACCCUCCUCUCUCUCGCUGUUUGAGGAGAACUACCUGCUCCUGCUCCCUCUUCCGCUCCUCCGCGCUCCCGCUCGCCAUCCCCAGGCUUCAUUUCGGACGGGGAUGGACGACUACGCCCGGGAGAUGAUGGAGCUGAAGACGCUCGUCACCCGCACCCUCGAGAAGAAGGGCGUUCUCGCCAAGAUUAGGGCUGAGCUAAGAGCAAGCGUGUUUGAAGCCAUUGAAGAGGAGGAUCGGGUGAUGGAGAAUGAUGAUGGCGGUAAUCCUGCUUUGCUUGGUAGCUGUAAUGACCGGGCUAAGCAACUGCAUGCUUCACCUUCAGGUAGGUUACUAACUGCACUUGUUUGCGAAUACUUGGAGUGGGCGCAAUUAAGUCACACAAUGAAAGUUUACUUGCCAGAGUGUAACCUGCCCAAGGACUUCUGGAAGAAUGAACUGAAAGACUUCUCUAACAAAAGUGGAGCUGAAGGGAGCAGGAGUGCUGAAAGUGGUCCACUGCUUUUAGAUGUUCUCGAAGGUUAUCUGAAAUAUGAGGCCUGUACUCAAGGUCUCCUUUUGAUGAAUUUGUCUCAAGCAAGGAUGGGCGGCAGGAGGAUGAUGAGUUCAGAAUCUGAUCCAUCACUAAAUGCUGAACAUCGGAGCAUGAGGAGGGCACCAUCAGCAUCAGUUGGGAAUCUGCCUCCUAUGGGGAGACCUAUCUCUUCUUCGCAGCAGGCAUCAGAUCGCAGAGGGGGGUCUUCAGUUUCCAACACAAGGAAAGAUGAGUACAACUGGAGAUACGAUACCACCGAUGAUAUAUCUGAAGAGGUGCUGCGGGCAUCGACUGCCCUAGAAAGUGUUCAGCUAGACCGCAAAUCUCGGAAUCUGCCGACAUCUUGGAGGCAUUCAGGGGAUGGCGCCGAGUAACAAGAAGGCUUUGGAGCUGGUUGCUUGACUUGACCGACCCUGUAUCAUGUAAUUUGUAUGCCACUCAUUUGUGGUGCUUGGAUUGCUGCUAUCUUAGAAAAAGAAGUGGUAAACUGGUUAUGUAUGGUUGUCUUGUAACGAACAAAACAAAUCAAAGAGUUAGGUGCCGUUUGUUUUACAUAUUUGUAACGUGAUGGGUAACUGUGAUGGGUAACUGAUAACGUUAAACCAUGUUUGUUUAAGUCCAACCGUAAUCAGAUACCACAUUAAAAAUUAA